ACGAAGUGCCAAGACAUCAUAGAUUCUCAACUUGUGAGGAUCUGUGCUGAAAUCUGUGCAUAGCAUCUUGAUUUUCUAGUUCGGACCCGUUUUAUUUAUGAUUUGGCUUUUUUUGUAGGCUGUUUUGAAGAGAAAUCUUUUUUGGGGGGGUUUGUUGUUGAAAUAUCCAGAUAAGAAGAAACUUUGAAUUGAUACGGAGGAAAGAAUGGAGGACGUUACCGACUACUACUACGACUACGAGGAUACGGAGAAUGACACCAUGUGCGAUUACUCUGAGUGGAAGCCAUCCUACUCCCUCAUCCCUGUCCUGUACAUGCUCAUCUUCAUCCUGGGCCUCUCCGGCAACGGCGUGGUCAUCUUCACCGUGUGGAGGGCUAAGGGCAAGCGGCGCGCGGCCGACGUCUACAUCGGCAACCUGGCCCUGGCCGACCUCACCUUCGUGGUCACCCUGCCCCUGUGGGCGGUGUACACGGCGCUGGGCUACCACUGGCCGUUCGGCGUGGCCCUCUGCAAGCUCAGCAGCUACGUGGUGCUGCUCAACAUGUACGCCAGCGUCUUCUGCCUCACCUGCAUGAGCUUCGACCGCUACCUGGCCAUCGUCCACUCGCUGUCCAGCACGCAGCUGCGCACACGGGGCCGCAUGCACGGCUCCCUCGCCGCCAUCUGGCUGACGUCGGGCCUGCUGGCCGCCCCCACGCUGAUCUUCCGCUCCACCAAGCACGACGAGGGCACCAACCGCACGUCGUGCGCCAUGGACUUCAGCAUGGUGGUGAAAGACAAGUGGCAGGAGAACCUGUGGGUGGCCGGCCUUAGCAUCUCCUCGUCGGCCCUGGGCUUCGUGCUGCCAUUCCUGGCCAUGAUGGUGUGCUACUGCGUCAUCGGCUGCACGGUCACGCGCCACUUCAACAGCCUCCGCAAGGAGGACCAGCGCAAGCGGCGCCUGCUGAAGAUCAUCACCACGCUGGUGGUGGUGUUCACCGCCUGCUGGAUGCCCUUCCACGUGCUGAAGAGCGCCGACGCUCUCUCCUACCUGAAUCUGGUGCCGGACACGUGCGCCUUCCUGCGCUUCCUCCUGCUGGCGCACCCCUACGCCACCUGCCUGGCCUACGUCAACAGCUGCCUCAACCCCUUCCUCUACGCCUUCUUCGACCUGCACUUCCGCUCCCAGUGCCUGUGCCUGCUCAACCUGAAGAAGGCCAUGCACGCCAGCCCGGCCAGCUCCCUCUCCUCCCAGAAGACCGAGGCCCAGUCCCCUUGUGGACUGGGGCUGAGAGCUCUGGCGAAUGCAGAUUGUGUCCUGGGUGACUGAGGACACUGUAGACGUCAGGCAUCAGGCAGAAGGUCCUGACCGCUGACGUCCUUCAAGUUCAGUGAACAAGUUCAGGUUGCGCGAACGUUUUGACAUUUGGCACCAUGCUCCUUGACGAUGCGAGCCGGACAAAGUGGACUGAGCUGAAUGUACUUCAAAUGGACAACGUGAUCGUACCGUCCGUGGACAUGAGGCAUGUGCUUGGGAGGGUUGGAGGCUCUGUCGGGGAACCCUGGUGGAGUGUGUUAUUCAUGCAUGUGUCCUAUGCUGUUCUGUUUUCUUUAAGGAGCACUUGAGGUGUGAUAUCUAAUUGACCACUCUCUUCAGCCUGUUUUAUCUACAACUGGUAGGGGGGUGCGUGUGUGUAUGUUCGUGGGCGGAUCGCCAGUCUGGAGAGGUGUUGCCGCUUGAUUAGAGUGUUGUAAGGGGAGACGGGGGGGGGGGGGGGGCAGAGGGAGGGGGCCUCCAGACAGACAGAUGGCAGCUGAAAAAUGUUGUUGGGCAGGAGGAAGACCAAUUACAAUGUGGCUGCUCUGACACAUGAUAAACGUGUGUGUGUGUGUGUGUGCGUGCGUGCGUGUGCGUCUGAAGAUAUGUGUGUGUUUUCUGCUCGCGUAAACAAAGUUGGAGGAGGACACGGCCAUGUAUAUGAUGAACAUAAUGUAAAUACCUACUGUAUUAGUGCAUUUAUGAUUUGUAAUAAAACCUUUGUUUGGAACCAAUAAUACCGUGUGGUCAUUCUACUGU